AUGAACAUGAGGUUCAGGAUGCGUAUGAGUUUUCUCGCCGUGAUCGGAGCCCUGCUUGGGGGGGACGCAAUCACAAGCUUCAACCCAACGGACCGAGAGUGUGGCGUCUAUUCUUUGAGUGGGGGCAUUAUAUCUGCAGAGGCAAUUCGAAUCAAGGUUUUACACUCAGGUUCCAAAGGAGAUGGAAGUGAGGGGGCAAAUCACCGAAGACAGCCUUCGGCAGACUCAGAUGCGGAUGAUGAGGGUGAAAGGUCUGAGGAUGAGCGAAAGAACCAAAGGCCGCUUAAGCGAAAGAACGCUGGUUAUUGGAAAAAAGGCGAUGAUGGCAGGACGCAGCGGGUGCCGAGACGUGAAAGGAACUAG